CAUAAAUCAAAUUAACAAAAUCAUCCAUUUAAUCUUUUCGUCUGAUCAAAUCAGAGCAUCUUUUUUCCUUCCCGCACAAGAAAUGGCAAACUACAUGUCGGAAGCAGCACAGCUUAGAAGAGGUCUAAAGCCUAAAGGAAAAACUUAUGGGUUGACUAACCAGAAGAGACGAGAGAUCAGAGAAAUCUUUGAUCUUUUCGACAUAGACGGUUCAGGUAGCAUUGACGCUCGCGAGCUCAACGUUGCUAUGAGGUCUCUCGGAUUUGAGAUGAAUAAUGAGCAAAUAAACGAGCUGAUGGCAGAAGUAGAUAAAAACCAAAGUGGAGCCAUAGAUUUCGACGAAUUUGUGCAUAUGAUGACAACUAAAUUCGGAGAACGAGACUCCAUAGACGAAUUGUCUAAGGCGUUUAAGAUCAUUGACUACGACAAUAAUGGGAAGAUUUCACCUCGGGAUAUUAAGGUGAUUGCUAAAGAAUUGGGAGAAAAUUUCACAGAUAAUGAUAUAGAAGAAAUGAUCGCAGAAGCAGAUCGUGACAAAGAUGGAGAAGUUAAUUUGGAGGAGUUCAUGAAGAUGAUGAGGAGAACUUCUUAUGGCUAAAAGUAUAGUAAUAAUACGUACGGUUCGACGAUAUUAGUUAAUCAAUUCCGACUUAUGAUAAUAAGAAAAUGUUUGAUUUGUUGGUUGGUCGUAUAUAAGAAAAUGCAUGGUUGUAUAAAGAAUAAAAGAUGAUGAUGGUGUAAUCAUAUGCAUUAUUGUGAAUGCAAUAAAAAUUGUCCUGUGAUAAACAUUUGUUUGAUCAUUAUGCGUUUAUAUGCCAUGUCUAAAUUGUCUA